UGCAACCGAAAGAUGGCGGUGUCCAUAGCCAAGUGCCUGACUGCUGAUGUGUAUUUAUUAAUAGUAUCUAUAUUGUUACGCUGUAUUUAUGCCGAAAUCGCUACAGGUUCGUCGACAGGCGGGGAUACGCCGCACCGACGAUUUGAAUACAAGUAUAGUUUCAAAGGACCGCACUUGUCUCAAAGCGACGGCAGCGUACCGUUUUGGGUUCACACUGGAAAUGCGAUCCCCAGUUCAGACCAGAUCCGUAUUACCCCCUCACUGCGGAGCCAGAAGGGCUCGGUGUGGACCAAGAACCCCAUCAAGUUUGAGCACUGGGAGAUGGAGGUUACCUUCCGAGUUUCUGGACGUGGGAGGAUGGGAGCAGACGGACUGGCGGUGUGGUACACAGCAGCCCAGGGCCUGACGGGGCCGGUGUACGGAGCAGCUGACCAGUGGAACGGAGUGGGCAUCUUCUUCGACUCCUUCGACAACGAUGGGAAGAAAAAUAACCCGGCUGUCAUCGUGGUGGGAAACAAUGGGAACCUUGUUUACGACCAUCAGAAUGAUGGGACAACCCAGUCUUUGGGCACAUGUCUAAGAGACUUCAGAAAUAAACCCUACCCAGUCCGUGCCAAAAUCACCUACUACCAGAAGACAUUAACGGUUAUGAUCAACAACGGUUUCACGCCAAACAAGGAUGACUACGAGUUCUGUGCCAAAGUGGAGAACAUGAUAAUCCCUGCUGAGGGCUUCUUCGGGAUCUCAGCAGCCACCGGAGGGCUAGCAGACGAUCACGAUGUUCUUUCCUUCCUCACGUUCAGGCUAACAGAGCCAGGCCAAGAACCGCCACAAGAGGAGCAGGAGAUGCCGAAAGAGGAGAAGGACAAGUACGAGGAGGAGUUCCUGAACUUCCAGCAGGAGCUGGACAAGAAGAAAGAAGAGUUCCAGAAGGAGCACCCCGACGUGCAGGGAGAACCCAUUGAGGACCUGUAUGAGACUGUGAACGACCGAGAGAUCCGCCAGGUGUUUGAGGGCCAGAACCAGAUCCACCUGGAGAUCAAGCAGCUGAACAGGCAGCUGGCCAUGAUCCUGGACGAGCAGAGGAGAUACGUCAGCGUCCUCACCGAGGAGAUGACCAAGCGCAGCACCCAGUCUGGACAGGUCCCCAAUCAGGACAUCGACUCUCUUAUCGCAAUGCAGCGGGAUGUUCUCAACAGCCUGAAUGAUGUAAAGACCUCUGUAUCAACCGCCCUCAAGCAACAAGCCGACUCAGCCCAGCAGGUGCAGCAUGCUACUGGGGGAGCACUCAGCAGCUACGAGACCAUCCAGCACUUUAACGACAUCAAGGAACACCUGCACGUGGUCAAGAGGAACGUCGAGCAUAUCAUCCAGAAAAACCCAGGUCCCAGUGAAAAGGUGAAAUGUCCAGAGUUCCCUCCUCUACCCUCCUGCCUGUCCACCACACACUUCAUAGUGUUUGUGGUCAUCCAGUCCCUCUUGUUCUUCGCAUACGUCAUGUACAAGAGUCAACAAGAAGCAGCCGCCAAGAAAUUCUUUUGAUAUUUUGACCGCAUUUCAUUAUUGACAUUCAAGCACACAUUAUGGACAUGAGGGAGUGUUCGUUUUUCGUUUGUUUGUUUUUUUUUUGUUUGUCUUUUUUUCUUUUAUGUUAAUUGCUGGUUUGUUUUGUUCAUAAAUGGUAAAUUAUUGUACUUGAAGACUGAAGUAUUUUCGAAAAGAAAACAUUGUUUGUUUUUUUUAAAUCAUGAGUUUUAAUUUCCUUUGAAAUGCACAGAGUGUGAAUGGAUAAUUUUUGACAUGAAUGUGUGAUCCUAUGGAUUUUCAGACAAUUUAGAUGUAUUAUAUUCUUUCAAAUAUUGAGAUGAAAUGAACGGACAUUCAUACUCCCCCACUCAGUUAUUUCCAGUGAGCUCUGCUUUCUAUGCUCAAAUGAAUCACUGUCCCAUCUCCAGCAGUGAAACCUGUGGUGAAUGAAGCUUCCACGUGGAAGCCAUAUUGGAAAAAGAUCACUAUCACAUGACGUGACCGAACAUUCUGAAUGUGUGUUUUGUAUGACUGAAGUGUUUGAAAAAAUAAGAACUAUUUGCAUAAACAGAACACAAACCA